AUGCCGGAACGCCGCCACAACCCGAAGUUGGCCAGCCUUGCGCUGACCAUGGGCCGAGGAACGACCCAAAGACUCGCGACACUCAGAGAACAGAAUCAUUGCCGCCUCAGGAUUGUCCUAACCUUAGAUAAAACGAAUGAAACAGCACAGUUCCCUCCUCCCUUUCUCUCUCCCUCCAUCCUCUCUGCGCCGCCCUCUCUCUGUCAGCCUCUCUCCCCUUACCUCUCCCUACCCUCUCUGCGCCGCCAUCGCUCUCAGCCUCUCUCCCCUUACCUCUCCCUACCGUCUCCAUCCUCUCUGCGCCGCCCUCUCUCUCUCAGCCCCUCUCCCCUUACCUCUCCCUACCCUCUCACUCUCACUGCGUCUCUCCCUCCGUUUCUCUGUAUCUCUCUGACCCUUCCCUCUCUCCCUUUUACCAACCCAUUCGCUUUGACCUCCCAUGUCUUCAUCUUCACACUCCCUUUAAUAGUUCAUCUCUUCCCCUUUCGUCUUCUCCGCUGUUUCUCCCUUUCAUCAUUGUACUCCCCAUCUGUCUCUCUACAUUUCCCCAACUCCCCUCCUGCUCGCCCCCACGUCUCUCUCCACUUCCUAAAACAGUUAGCCACCAGGGGAUGCCUGCCAGAGCCCGAGCCAGCUGGAGGCCCACCGGCGGGUGCACACAGGCGAGAACGCCCCUUUACCUGCGCCGACUGCGGCAAGAGCUACAAAACGACGAUGGUCCUGAAGAUCCACCGGCGGAUGCACACGGGCGAGAAGCCCUAUGGCUGCUCCACCUGCGGCAAGAGCUUUGCCCGAUUGUCGGUGCUGCAGGUGCACUGGCGGGUGCACACGGGCGAGAAGCCUUAUGGCUGCUCCACCUGCGGCAAGGGCUUUGCCCAGUUGACGGGUCUGCGGCUGCACGAGCAGGUGCACACGGGCGAGAAGCCUUAUGGCUGCUCCACCUGCGGCAAGGGCUUUGCCCAGUUGUCGGGGCUGCGGAUGCAUCAGCAGUUGCACAGCAGCGAGCGGCCCUUCACUUGCUCCGACUGCGGCAAAGGCUUCAAGUCGUCCUCGCAACUAAAGGUGCACAGGCGCGUGCACACCGGGGAGUGGCCCUACACCUGCAGCGACUGCGGCAAGGGCUUCGCCCAGUCAAAAAACCUGCUGGAGCACCAGCACACCCACACCGGCGAGCGCCCCUUCACCUGCGCCCAGUGCGGCAAGGGCUUCACCCGCUCCACCAACCUGCUGUCCCACCAGCAGGUGCACACCGGCGAC